CAGCUUUGACCCGCAGCAUCAUCCGCCAUGCAUCUAUCCCCGCAUCGCUGAUCGGACGGCAGCGGCCGUGCCGAAGGGAGCAGGAAAAAAAGUCUUAAAACAAACGACAAAAGAAACCAGUUGCAUCUCUUUCCUUCUUGACUAUCUAUCCACGCUUCUACUACACUCUUCAACCAAAAACCCAAACCCACAAGACGUCAUACCUCCCCAAUCCCCGGUCCACUACUCCCAGCGUGCCACCCAUCCAUCCCACCAUCCAGCCUCGUACUCCAAUCAUCAAAAAGCAAAACGGCCACCAUCUCACCUUACCCCAUCUCCAACCCAAAGAAGAAGAAGAAGAAGAAGAAGAAGAAGAAGAAGAAGGAGAAGAAAAAAACAAGCAACAAUGCCCCCCUCUCUCCCCCCAAUCUCCUCCCUCCCCCACUCCCCCGACCAAACCCUAACCUCCACCCUUGACCUCCUCUUCGAGCCCAGUCCCGCCCUCCACACCCUCACGCUCCCCGUCCUGCGCAGCACUACCUUCCCUUCCUACACCGUCCUCAUCACAACCGUAGGAACGCAACUGCGCGCUCUGGCCGCUUCAUCCACUGCAGAGGAUGCAGCACGCUUGCAAGAGAUAUUAUGUGCGCACCCGAGACUCGGAGCGAAGAAAGUAGAGAGCGAGCAGAGCCGGGCUGAGCAGGCGAAUUUGGGCGGAGAAGGGGAGGAACUCAAGGUGUUGAAUGAGGAGUAUGAGGCUGUAUUUCCGGGUUUGAGAUAUGUUGUCUUCGUAAACGCUCGUUCACGCCCGGAAAUCAUGCAAAACAUGCGUGAGCGCAUUGCGCGGGGCGAUAUCGCGGCUGAGCGGCAAGAAGCUAUACAGGCCAUGUGUGAUAUUGCGCUUGAUCGGGCGGGCAAGUUACAACAACAGUAGCAGUUAGCCGUACCAGAUGUGAAGCUGUCAUAGAUUAGAGAACAAACUUCUCAGAACAGUGGAAAUGGAGAAAGAAAAAACCCUUCCCCCCGUGUUCAUUUUUGAUAAAGCACUUCGGAUUUUAAAUUGCUGCCCCCCUCUCUCAGAAAAAAAAACUCCAGGAUAGGCCCUGCUUGUAUGUAUUCGCAUA